AUGGCGACCACAACUGGCUUCCCGAACCAGGCAGACGCCAUGGAAAAGACAGAGCAUUACCUGCAACGAGAUGCUUCGCAAGACGCCAUGGACAGGAGGUCGGGCCAUGACACGAUGAAAGACGUUACCGACACGAGGUUAGACCAUGGGAAUGACGCCCGAGGAAAUUUUCGAAAUGAGGCUUCAAACAAUGUACAUGAUCGCAGGACCAGCACCGUUGCGAACUGCGUGCCCAACGUAGCUCUCUCGAGCUCCCUUUCUGACCCGGGACCUCCUCCUGAUGGAGGCCUUUGGGCAUGGCUUUGCGUCUUGGGGACGUUUCUGGUCGUGAUGAACACGUGGGGGGUGAUCAAUUCCUUCGGCGUCUUUCAGAGCUACUACGUCACAGCUCUUGACCGCCCACCAUCCGACAUUUCCUGGAUCGGGUCCAUCAACGUCUUCCUGCUCUUCUUCAUCGGCACCUUCACUGGCCGUCUGACCGACGCAGGGUUCUUCCGUCCACUAUCCAUCUCCGGGGCUAUCUUGACGGUAACCGGAACAUUAGCAACGUCAGCAUGCAGGCAGUAUUGGCAGAUAUUCCUGGCGCAAGGUAUCUGCGUUGGUAUCGGUAGUGGGUGUCUCUUCUGCCCUGCCGUUGCCAUCGUGUCAACGUAUUUCAACAAGCGUCGUUCGCUGGCGAUUGGCAUCACCGCUUGUGGCAGCGGAGUCGGGGGCAUAUUGUACCCGGUGCUGGUACGCCAACUAUUACCGAGAGUGGGCUUCGGGUGGACAAUGAGGACAAUCGGAUUUGUUCAAGGCGGUGGAUUGGCGAUUGCGGUCGCUGUCUUACGACCGAGGGUUCUUCCCCGUAAGACGGGGCAGUUCGUCGAAUGGUCGGCGUUCCGCGAGCUCGAGUACACAUCCUAUGCGUGUGGCUCUGUCCUGUGCCUGAUGGGAGCCUACUUCGCCUUCUUCUUCGUCGCCGCCUACGCUCGAGACAUCCAGGGCAUGUCGUAUACCAAGUCGCUAAACCUCGUCAUGAUGAUGAAUGGCGUUGGAAUGGUGGGCCGACUCCUGCUCACACAUCUUGCUGAUAGGUUUGGGAACCUUACCGUCUUCGUGCCUACUGCGGGAGCAGGUGCUUUGCUUCUGUUUUCCUGGAUCGCGGUCGCCUCUCCAGCGGGCGUAUAUGUUUGGGCAUCCUUUUCUGGCAUGGCUACCGGCGGCAUCCAGUCACUGUUCCCGUCCGCUUUGGCAUCUCUUACAUCUGAUCCGCAGAAGCAGGGUACUCGCAUCGGGAUGGUGUUUACGAUUGUGAGCUUUGCGGGUUUGAUCGGGCCGCCAAUCGGGGGUGCUCUUAUAUCGGCUGUCGGCGGUUCUUACGUUGGAGCUCAGGCCUUCGCAGGAACAUGUCUGUCGUUGGGGAUGGCAUUCAUGAUAACUGCCAGGGAAGUCAAGAGGAGGAAGAAGGGGCAAGAUAUGUGGAUGAAGGUAUGA